UGCUGUCUUUAUUUUGCAUAGGGAAUGCUGAUAGAAUCAACAUUAAAAUUUCAAGGGUUGGUACCCCUGAUUGUUUCCUUUGUCGACCGUUUAUUGGGAUGUUACAAACACCGCUGGCUGGGCGAGUGGCUGCUGGAGACAUUCAAUGAAUCUUUCAUCCCAAAACUUAAUAUAGACUAUAAAUUAGGAUCUUACUUCCCCAUUUUGGAAAGAAUUUCGGCGAAUGAGAGAGUUUCUCCGACGGGGUUGUUAGAGCUUCUUGCCAACUAUAUGGUUGUCCUGAUUAAGAAACAUGGUCCAGAUACAGGGUUGAAAUCAUGGUGUCAGGGGAGCAAAAUUCUGGGCAUUUGUCGGACUAUGAUGAUUCAUCACCACAGUUCCAGUUUGUUUCUUGGACUUUCUCGUCUCCUUGCAUUCGCUUGCCUUUAUUUUCCUGAUCUGGAGGUUCGUGACCAUGCAAGGACCUACCUGCGGAUGCUGGUUUGCAUUCCAGGAAAGAAGCUUCGCGACUUGCUGAACAUUGGGGAGCAACUUCCUGGAAUUUCACCAUCUACCAAUUCUAGUUCAUUUUUCAAUCUUCAGUCUCCUCGCUAUCAUGACCCGAAGAAAUCUCGGAAUAUUUCAUCCUACAUUCAUCUUGAGCGCACUGUGCCACUUUUAGUUAGACAAUCAUGGUCCUUGUCAUUGCCAGUGCUCAGAUUAGAUGAUGAUAAGCAGUCACUGGAAAGCUUCAAGGAUAACAAAACUACAGGUGAGCCAAAGGAGCUUGACAGAAGUAGUAGUAGUAUCGAGAUUGUUUCUGAUAUUAACAGAAUUAGCCAGCUUCAGGAGCCACUACGUGUGAUGGACUCAAAAGUUUCAGAAAUGGUGGGGAUUUUAAGAAAGCAUUUUGCAUCAAUUCCUGAUUUUAGACACUUCCCAGGACUCAAGAUCAAAAUACCUUGUGUUUUGAGCUUUGACUCAGAGUUGUUUAAUCACUCGGUAGGGACCAGCCUACCCAGUGAUAGCUGUGGAAUAGAUUCACUUCCAGCCAUAUACGCCACAGUGCUCAAAUUUUCGUCUUCUGCACCGUAUGGCAAUAUUCCAUCAUAUCACAUUCCUUUUCUUCUUGGCCAACCUGUCAAAAAGGAUUACUCUUUCAGCGAAACUAAUUCACUAGAUAUCGUUCCUGUUGGAAAUGGUUCUGCCGAGGAAAAAAGGUUUAAAGCUCAUGUAAUGAUUGAAUUAGAGCCCCGGGAACCACAACCUGGUGUCAUCAAUGUACAUAUUCAAACAAAUGCGGACAAUAGUGAGAUCAUUCAAGGACAGCUUCACAGUAUCAAUGUGGGAAUUGAAGAUAUGUUUCUCAAAGCUAUUGUUCCAGAAGAUGUCCCAACAGAAGCAGUGCCUAACUAUUGUCUGGACCUGUUCAACGCCUUAUGGGAAGCAUGUGGCACAUCAUCUAGCACCGGGCGAGAAACCUUUGUCUUGAAAGGAGGCAAAGGGGUUGCUGCAAUCAGCGGAACACAAUCAGUGAAGCUGCUUGAGGUACCUUUCAUGUCUUUGAUUCAAGCUGUCCAGCGGUGCUUGGCAUCAUUUGUUGUUAGUGUAACUGGCGAACCUCUUAUUAAUAUCGUGAAAGGUGGUGAAAUAAUAAGAGAGGUAGUAUGGAAGGAUUCUGAUUCAGAUUCAUUAUCUGAAGCUCCGAACCCAGAUGCGAGGUUGGAUGGAGGUCCUCUUUAUAUCCAGUACAUGGAUGACGAAAAUGAGAAAGGGCCUCACCUACAAAUUUCCAAAAAGAACAUGGGAUGCUUCCUCGUAUUGAUAUUUCUUCCUCCAAGAUUCCAUCUCCUCUUCAAAAUGGAAGUAUGUGAUGUUUCUACUUUAGUUCGGGUUAGAACUGAUCAUUGGCCAUGUCUAGCUUAUGUCGACGAGCUUUUGGAAGCCUUAUUUGUUGAGUGAAACUUUUCCUUACGUUUAAAUUUAGUGUUUUCUGUUAGGAAAUUUUCCGCAAUAGAAGGGCUCAGUAUUAUUCCUUCGAGUUGUUCUGUAUAAAGUAUAUUUGUAAAUGCUUUUAUGUAUAGUACUCACCUAAUUUCUGUAAAGCGGUGUGGUUUCUUAUUCGCUCUUAAAACUAGAAUGACAAGUAGUUUCCUGUCCAUUCUUGAUGGAAAA